GAUGCGCGGCAAGGACGCUCUCGGUUGCAGGUGGAGGUGGCCGGUGCCAGACGUUAAUAUGGCGGAGGCCAGCCGUCAGAGCAACCCAUUAUAGGAACCAGAGGUCAUGCCACCAACCACAUCCACCACCCCAGCGACAUCGUCUACCCACCUCCCGUUGGACGGUUUCUCGCGUGUCCGUCACCUAUUCAACCCCUGGGAGGAGCCCCAUCCAGGCAGCCGAUUCCCUCUCACGGCGGCGGAAGAGGCGAGCAGGGCCUCGGAGAAGGUUGCCCUCGCCGCUUCACGACACGUUGAUGGUGGAUGCAACGGUGGCAUGGCCGCAAAGGAACUAAAUCCGUACCGCAACAGCCGCCCCUGGUUGGUACGACGCCCAAUCCGCGUCCGGUCACGCACCCCGGUCCCGUUUAAGAUCACGACUGAGAUCGCAAAUGACGCGAAGCUCACAGAGAUGCCGGCAUUCGGAAGCGUCGGCGUUCCUUCUCCCGCAUCGGCUACCCACGCCGCGCCAGAAGCGUUGAGCGAUAAGAUCAAGGGCGACGCUGUGCCGGCAGCCGCUGCCCUCGACGUCAAGCCCAGCGAGCUGCCAUUGCCGAUGUCCCCGUCGAUCGACUGCAAGUUCACAGAUUUCUCCAACCUGCUCGGCAUCAGGGUGCAGCCUCCGCCCGAGGAGGAACCUGUCGUCGUCGCCACCACCGGGGCCGGGUCCUACUGCCGCGCCGCGUCCGACGAAGACAUUUAUGGCUGGGAUGCCGAGCUCGAGCGACAGAGCCGGCUCACCAGCCCCGUCCUGGCUUGCCCGUACGAUCAGGACUACCAAUACCGCCGGACCAGCAUUACCAAACGCAGCCUCCUGCACCGUGUUUUCAGCAUGGGGAACUCACUCAGAGAUUUUGAUGACAUGGAGGUACGCCGUGCCAGCAGCACCUCCAGCUAGGCCAUACACAUACACACACAUACACACACACGAUAUACGUACGAAUGGGUCAGCCUUGCCUUGGAAGAUCGGAAUACUACUCAGCUUUCAUUCGAAGCCAUGAUACCAUUUCUCUCCACAUAUUUUCCCCGGCGUUACUCAGUUCUUUAU